AUGGCCCACAGGGUGAUAAAACCACGCAAGAAACGUCCAUCUGUUAAUUUAGACACGUCAACUUGUCUUCAUGUUUAUGUUUAUGAAGGCAAUCAAGGGGAAAUCACUCAGAUCUUAAAUAACAAGUUUAGUGAGUACAUAUUGGAUGCCAGAGACGAUCUUGGACGUACACCUUUAUAUCUGGCUGCCUGUUACAGACGAAAUGAACUGGCUAAACAACUCCUUGGGGCUGGAUGUGAUGCCAAAAUUCCCCAGGAUAACGGCAACACUGUGUUACACGAAGCUGUAGAGAAAAACUCUCAAGAUAUUGUGAUUGAAGUUUUAAAACAUGGGGCAUCACCAGAAAUCAGCGAUAAAGCAGGUUUAAGUCCUUUAUUCUGUGCCUUGACUGAAGGUUCUGAAAAGUCAGCCAGGUACAUGAUACAGAGCGGGUGUGACGUGAAUAAAGCAGAUAGUAAUGGUCAUACCGUACUCUACACCCUCCUUCAUAGUAAAUAUAUCAAACGAUUUGAACAGAUUUUGGAAGAUCUUCUUAAAACAGGUUAG